UUGAAUCUGGAGUGCGGAGUGGGCCCGUGUCAGGAGCCGGCGCGGCGGCGGCGGAGUCCACGGGGUCGGGCGCGGCCUUGGGGAGCGCGGGCGACAGUGGGAACCUAACAUCGUGAUGAGUAUACAGUAGGAUUGAAUAAAUCCUCACUGGAAAAGAGGACAUUGAUUAAAGAGUACUUGAGAAAUCAGGCAUUCAGUUGAGCAAAAGGAGCAAGAUAAAGUAAAAUGUCAGUCCCCGAAGAAGAUGUGUGUAAUCACAUGAAAGUGGUCGUUCGUGUACGUCCUGAAAAUCAGAAAGAAAAAGCUAUUGGCUUUUAUAAAGUGGUCCAUGUUGUGGAUGAGCACUUGCUGGUCUUUGAUCCAAAAGAGGAAGAUGACACUUUCUUUCAUGGGAAGAAAACUAUGAAUCGAGACAUUACAAAAAGAAAAAGAAAGGACCUUAAGUUUGUGUUUGAUGCUGUUUUUGAUGAAAGUUCUACUCAGUCUCAAGUUUUUGAGCAUACCACAAAGCCUGUGCUUGAUGGCUUUUUAAAUGGCUAUAAUUGCACAGUGCUUGCAUAUGGUGCAACCGGAGCUGGGAAGACACACACAAUGCUUGGAUCACCUGAAGAGCCUGGAGUGAUGUAUCUGACAAUGUUAGGACUUUAUAAAUCCAUGGAUCAGAUUAAAGAUGAGAAAUUAUGUAGCAUUACAGUUUCUUACUUAGAGGUAUACAAUGAACAGAUUCGUGAUCUCCUCACAAAUUCAGGACCACUAGCUGUCCGUGAAGAUGCCCAAAGAGGGGUAGUAGUUCAGGGAUUAACAUUACAUGAGCCUAAAACUUCUGAAGAAAUUCUGCAGUUGUUGGAUGAUGGAAACAAGAACAGGACCCAGCAUCCCACUGAUGUGAAUGCAACUUCCUCUCGUUCUCACGCUGUUUUCCAGAUUUACUUAAGACAACAAGACAAAACAGCAAGUAUAAAUCAGGAUGUCCGUAUUGCCAAAAUGUGUCUUAUUGACCUGGCAGGAUCUGAACGUGCCAGUGCCACAAACACCAGAGGAAGCCGUUUUAGAGAAGGUGCAAACAUCAAUCAAUCGCUUUUAGCCCUUGGAAAUGUCAUCAAUGCCUUAGCAGAUGGAAAGAAAAAAAAUCAGCAUAUUCCUUACAGAAAUAGCAAGCUAACUCGCUUGUUAAAGGAUUCCCUCGGAGGAAACUGUCAAACUAUCAUGAUAGCUGCUGUUAGUCCUUCUGCUAUGUUCUAUGAUGACACGUAUAACACUCUCAAGUAUGCCAACCGUGCAAAAGACAUUAAGUCUUCUUUGAAGAGUAAUGUUGUUAGUCUGGAUAAUCAUAUAACACAAUAUGUCAAGAUUUGUAAUGAGCAAAAGAAAGAGAUUAUGAUGUUAAAAGAAAAACUGAAAGCCUAUGAAGAACAGAAAAUUGUCAUUCAUGAAAAUAGCAAAGGAAGCCUUGAGCUUUCCAACAAAGAAGAAACAGAAAUACAAAGGUUUCGCGAGAUUUUAAAUUGUUUGUUCCGGAGCCGUGAAGAAAUCAGACAAGAAUAUCUGAAUUUGGAGAUGCUGAUUAAGGAAAAUGAACUAAAAACAUUCUACCAGCAGCAAUACCAUAAGCAGAUAGAAAUGAUGUGCUCUGAAGAGAAAGUUGAAAAGGCCACUUGCAAGCUGGAUCAUAAGCUCGCAAUGCUUCAGACUCGUCGCUUUCACCUGGGGAAGAAGAGAGAAGAAGAAAUGAAGCGAUUUCGUGAAAAUACUCACUGGCUUCAUCAGGUUGAAAAUGAGAUAUGUCUCCUGAGCAAAAAUGGGCCUGUUUUAAAGGAGCUUAGUAAAGAUGUCCAGGACUUCCACUUGAAACUUGAAAUAAAAGACUUAAAAAUGCAAAUCAGACAUGUGAUGAAUCUUGCCUCUCUUCAAGAGCAGCAGCAUAAACAGACAGAAAAUCUGCUGAAUGCUUUGCUCCCAGUCCUAAGAAAGCAGCAUGGAAUAUUAAAAGAAGCUGGGCUGACAAGUUCUGGUUUUGAAUCCGACUUUAAAGAAAUUGAACAUUUAGUGGAAAGAAAGAAAACAGUAGUUUGGGCAGACCAAACUUUUGAAGACUCAAAGCAAGCUGACCUGCCAGAGAUCACUGCUCUCAUGGCCUUUCAAGAACUAGAACCAGUCCAAUCCCUUCCAAGGUGUAUACCUUCAGGCGAAUCCAGUGAAAAAAUGCAGCUGGCAAUUAAUCAACAGAAAACUCCUUCACAAAAAAGAACUCGGAGGAAAUUAAUCCAGUCUCCCUCGAUGACCGAACAUUCCAGAGGACCUAAACUGUCGAGUAAAACUCGACUCAAUGAUUCUUUCACACAGGAACUCCAAGCUAUUAUGUAUACACCAGAAAAUUGUAAAAAAUCAAUUCAAAAUCCCAGUUCACAGUCGUCAUAUGGAUCCAGUUUUCAGGAAGCCAACAGUUUGAAAACAAACAGUAAUCCCUUUCAUGCUCCCUUUUCAAAAAGUUGUAUACCUCUUGACAGAAGGAUAGAGUGUGUCAAAGAGAAUUUAGAGUCUACGUUUGUUAUACAUGAAGACACCAAUGGCACUGGCGUAUUCUCUGAAAAGGGAUUGGAACCAAAUGAAAAUGAUACCGUUUUACCAAGGCUUAGCCUCCCUUCAUUGUUGACUAAAACAUCUGUCCACUUAACAAAUGAAACCCCAUCCUACAUGGCAAUGACUGCUGCUGCCAAGAGAAAACGGAAAUUAACAAGUCCUACACCCAGCAGUUCGUUAAAGACUACGCAAGAUCCAGUAGCUAUGAAGCGUGUCCGAAAGGAUCUUACAGGUCAUGAAUAUUCUAGGAUAAACAGACCAGCAAAGGCACAUAAAAGAAGUAUCCAUGAACUAAAUCCAGGCGUGCAGAGAAAAUUUGGGAGAAGUAUUUCAGAAGGAAACAUAACACUCAAUUCAAAAUCAAAAUCAUCCACUUUUAUCAAGCCUAAUUUUCUAAAAUGCUUUCCUAAGAAGGAUUAAAGUAGACCUUUUGUAUGUCCUCGGUACUUUUGAAGAAGCUUUUGACAAAUAGACUCUAUAGGUUUCCUCAAUCCCAUAAAAACAUCCUAGAAUAGAAGGGGAAAAUUCUCUUUUCCCUUGCAUGUGUUGUUUUAAAUAAAUGUAAAUUUCAGCAGCAAAACUAGAUGUAAAUUUUUGAUACUUUUAACAU